AUGAUAUCUUUAUCCCUCUUCACAACGAUAAGUGUGGCUGGUCUUAUCUUUGUCUCCUUACGGACCAUCUACAGUCUCUACACUCAUCCUUUGAGAAAAUAUCCUGGACCUCUACUCAAUAGGAUAACCUAUAUUGUUAGGUCAUAUUAUCUCCUACGCGGUGAUUACGUCUUUUAUCUCCAAGAUCUUCACAGGAAGUACGGUCUUAUAGUACGUAUAUCUCCAACUGAACUAUCAUACAUUGAUGCACAAGCUUGGGCCGAUAUCUACGCCCAGUCCACGACACGUGAAUCUGGAAAUUUACCCAAGGAAUCUAGGAAUGUGCGGUUUGAGGAUAAUGGUGCCGUUAACAUAUUUAACGCUAAAGACGCUGACCAUCGCCGAAUCCGUCGUAUUCAAACUCAUAUGUUUUCAGAGAAAGCGAUUGCGGGGCAGGAGCCGCUCAUAAAGACCUACAUCGAUUUACUUAUCUCUAAUCUACGUGAGAAAGCCAACAACCCAUCCACUAGUGUAGUGAAUCUUGUAGAUUGGUAUAAUUACACAACUUUUGAUAUCAUUGGGGAACUCGCCUUCGGUGAAUCUUUCGAAUGUCUUCGGUCCAAUGCCUUGCACCCCUGGAUAGACAAUAACUUUCUUUUCGUCAAAGAUUCCCUUAACUGGGCCGCUUGUGCGGAUCUCCCUUGGCCCCUAAACAAGAUAGUCUACCGCUUAACACCGAGCGAAAUCAGGAAUGCACUAUACGAAGCAAAUGAUUUCGCCAAAGAAAAGGCUAGUGCGCGGAUGGCCCGAGACUCAGUUGAUCGGGUUGACUUUAUGUCAUACAUUUUGAAGCACAACGAUGAGAAAGGCAUGACAAAGCCGGAAAUCGAGAACAACGCACGCUUUCUGAUUCUAGCCGGCAGUGAAACUACAGCAUCUUCAUUUCUUUCAGGCAUCACCUUUCACCUUUUGACCAAUCCACAACAUCUAGUGAAGCUCACUAAUCUCAUCCGUGAUACUUUUUCUACUCCUAAUGAGAUGACUGGCGUAGCCAUUUGCCAGCUUGAGUAUCUCAAUGCCCUUAUUGAAGAGAGCUUCCGCCUUUAUCCACCUGCGACACUAGUUACACCACGCAACACUACAUUGGGAGGUAAAGUCAUUUGCGGCGAGGUCAUGCCACAAAAUGUUACCGUCUCAGUGCCGAUAUUGGCAGCAAAUACGAGCCCACAUCUUUGGACGGAUCCCGAUGAUUUUGUACCAGAAAGAUGGUACAAAGGCGACAAAUGUCCCGAAAAGUAUCGCAACGAUGAGAGAAAAGUGAUGCAGCCCUUCAGCGUAGGCCCAAGGAAUUGUAUUGGGAAACAUAUGGCAAAACAAGAGAUUCGACUUAUCCUCGCAGCAAUGCUGUGGAACUUUGAUCUUGAGCUUCAGCCAGAAUCUCUUGAUUGGAAAAAGAGCCAGAAAAUAUUUGGAUUAUGGGAAAGACCAGCACUUAAAGUUAAGUUGAUUCCAAGAGAUCACAAUGGUUGA